AUGGGCAACACACGUCGAGAGUCAGCUUUGACCAAGUCCAUUCAGUCUGGCUUGCUACGCGAACCAGACAAGUGCAAGAAGACACCCUGGGGUCGGUUUCUUGCUUUCUUCACCGUGCGACGAAUUAAAUUCGUCCGACAUGAGCUGGAAUUAUUUGCACGGCUACGAAAGGAGAUCUGGAACUUUGAUGAAUAUGAGUAUCAGGCGAGCUUCCGCACGACGAGCGGCCAGCCCCCUUUGAAAAUGAUGGGGGACUUGGGAUACUCUGGUUCUACAUUCUUCAGCAGUCUCGAUGGCCACUUCGUCAUCAAGAGCCUCCCUCGUCGUUUCGAGCAUACCUUUUUCCAGGCAGAGCUCCUCGAGCCAUACUAUUAUUACAUGCGAGACCAUCCAGACUCGGUCUUGGUAUGGAUCACAGACUAUAUUCUCUCUCCCUAUGUGACUCUUGGUACUCUCUUUGGAUGCACGCCAGCACACCAUAUUGUCAUGGAGAACAUCCUCAGCGGCAAAGCCGAGGAUCCCAACGGCGAACAGUGGGAAACCUACGACCUCAAACCCAUCGACUACUUCUACCCCGAGCGUGAUCUUAUCCCCGAACCUCUUGUUAGCGAAGAAACGCUGAACAGACUGGCGGAUAUUUUCAACGACAAGCUCCAUCUGUGGAAAAAGGACUAUGACGCUUUUAUUCAAUCCAUGGUAGCCGAUACAAAGUUCUUGGAAGAAGCAAAUGUCGUUGAUUACUCUCUGUUCCUGCUCAGAAUGCCAGCUUCUUCAGAACCCGCUAUUCUAGGGCGACAGAGUCCCUGGAGAGAAGGUCUCCCGUCUGCUGAUGGAAAGUGGAAGUAUCGGGCUGUGAUCCUCGAUUUUUUCUGGGCGCGCCACAAAUUCCACGCGCAAGCAAUGUCCGGGGUCGUGCAAACGUUCAAUGUUGUGGGUCGCAAAGGUCCAAUGUCUAUUACGACGACGGCUGGCGAGUACCGUGAGAAGUUUCUGACGAUGGUUAGGGAAAUGAUUCAAGUUCAACAAUGA